AUGCAAGUUGUGCCUAUGGGAACAAUGAAUCGUCCAACACCGACAGUCAGAGCGUCGACAAACGCCCAAGUGGUGAAGAUGGUGCAGUUGGAAGGUAAAACAAGAUUGCCCCAACGAAUGCAAGAGGCUGUUGUGGACAUUGGAAACUUAGUAAUGGCUGCUCAACAUAACGGAGCUAAUGGAGAGGUAUGUUUUUAGUUUUUAUGUGUUUUUGGUUUAGGAUGCUCAACUUUUGGAUAUUAACAUUGGUUGUUUGAGGAAGUGACGACAAUAUUGUUGUAGUUGGUUUAUUGGUCGUUAUAUUUAGUCAAAAGCUAGUAUUUUCUUGAGAUUAUUUAUAAAUAGCAGUUUCUGACUAUUCUUUCAUUUUAGGCUACCACUUCACAUCAAGUUAUCAGAGCUACAAGUGCUACUGAAUCGGUGCUGAACAACACAGCGUACAGUCUAAAACGGCUUGACAAUACUAUUGAAAAAGCUGCCCUGAAGUAUGUUUUUUCAAUUUAUUUUUAUAAUUUUAGGUUGUCUGUUUUACAUUUUAUCUUUUAAAACACGUUUUUCCUAAUAAUCGAGCGCUUUUGAAACCUGAGUCGACAUAAAAAAAUCGAUAUCCCCAAAUCUCUUGAAAUUUUCAAAAUUUACUCUUCGUAGCAAGAUAAACAAAGUUGCUUAAACAAGUUUUUCCAAAAUUACCGUAUUCGGGGUUACGGUAAUGUCGGUCGAAUUUGAAAAUUUCAAGAAAUUUGAGGACAUCGAUUUUUUUAUGUCGACCAGGCAUCUCGAGCCUUACAAAAAACGUGUUUUAACUGAUUAUCCGAUAUUAUACUUGGUACAACUUACCUCAACUAAACUUUUUGUUAUAACUUUUUCAAUAUCCAACUAGUUUGUGCCAUUUUAACAGUAAAUUAUAGUGUAAUGUUUAUUCUCUCUUUUUAAAUGUAAUUUACUAACAAUCGUAUCAUUUUAGGAAUGCUCUAAUCGAGAGAAGGUGA